CCCCGGCAGGAAGCAAGGGUGCGGCGCAAUCCGGAGACAACGUUGGAACGCCGAACUACGCCCGUGUUCCCUUUUAGUCUCUACUUCUUCCUUUUUCUAGCUUGGGGCGAAGGCGGAGCGGGAUCUCCAGAAUCCCCGCCCUCAGGGUGUGAGUAGGCAGCAGGGACGUCCCCUCUAUUUGCAUAGUCCCCAGGACGUGGCGCGGCCCAGAGGCCACUUCCGAGUUGGAAGGAACUGCAAGUCCCAAAAUGCCGUGGGACCGGGUGCGUCACUUGUGUUGUGUUGGAGGAUGAGGCGAACUGAGUCUGGAAGACAAGACCGGCUUGAGAGUGACCUCCAUGCCCUAGCAGGGAAGCCCGGCGGAAGAGGGCCAGUGAGAGGUAACGGAGACCGACAGUCGUACUGGGGGGCGGGCCAGGGCCUAAAGGCUUGGAGCCGGGCGGAGGGGUGAAACCCUGUGCUUCUGCCCAUCCUUUCCGUGGAUGUCCCAAAUGGAGCUGGCGUUGGACCCGGGUGACCAGGACCUACUGGACUUCCUGCUAGAGGAAAGCGGAGACUUGUGGACAGCGCCUGACAAGGCUGUGGUGGCUCCACUAGACUGGGAGCUGCCGCUUUCUGAGGGACCGAGCGACGGGGAGGUAGAGGAUUUGCUGAGCUCCCUACUGUGUUCCUCAGCAUCGUUGAACGUCCUCAGCUUCUCCAACCCCUGUCCUGUCCUCCAUGAUCACACCUACUCUGUCCCACAGGAAUACAUCUCCAGGGAUCUAGAGAGCGGCAGCUAUGGACAGGAGGGGGCCCAGGUGACUCCACUGCGGGUGGAGGAGCCGGCAGAGCAGGACACUGCUAGGCUGAUACUGACAGAUGAGGAGAAGAGGCUGUUGGAGAAGGAGGGGCUUACUCUGCCUGGGACGCUUCCUCUCACCAAGAUGGAGGAACAACUUUUGAAACGAGUGAGGAGGAAGAUUCGGAACAAAAAGUCUGCUCAAGAGAGCCGCAGGAAGAAGGAGGUGUAUGUUGGAGUUUUAGAGAGCAGGGUCUUGAGAUGCACAGCCCAGAAUCUGGAGCUUCAGAACAAAGUACAGCUACUGGAGGAACAGAACUCAUCCCUUCUAAGUCAGCUGAAGAAACUACAGGCCAUGGUGAUUGAGAUGUCAAACAAAACCACCACCAGCAGCACCUGUGUCUUGGUCCUACUCUUCUCCUUCUGCCUCCUUCUCAUACCUGCUAUGUACUCCUCUGACACAAGGGGGAGCCUGCCAGCAGAGCACAGAGUGUUGUCCCGCCAGCUUCGUGCCCUCCCCAGUGAGGAUGCUCACCAGCUGGGACUGCCUGCCUUGCAGUCAGAGGUGCCAAAGGACAGCAAAAACCAGUUGCUGGACAGCUCAGACCAUGUACUCCAGGCUCCUGGCAACUCUUCUUGCCUGCUAUGCUGCAUGCCUCAGGCUCGUAAUACAGAGCCUCCCCCGGAGUGGCCAUUGCUUGACCUCUUCUCAGGGCCCCCUCAGUUAGGUCCCAUCCUUACUUUGCAGGCAAAUCUCACAAGACAGGAGGGAUGGUUCCCUACUCCUAGCUUUUCAUCUGUGAUCCUGCAGGUCAGAUACUCAAGCUAGAUGAGAGGAUAUGGCAGGACUGCAACAAGAGCCUUUUUCUGUGUCCAAAAAAUGGAGAGAGGGCUAGCCUCAGCUCCUGUGUUCUGUUAGGAAGUCUGAGAGCUCACACACACCACACUUACUGGCUUUUUGGGUCUUUUAUUUGUACCCAUGUGUCUAUCGCCCCAUGAAUGGAUCUGGGGAAAUCAACUGACCUUUCUGAACAUUUCAUGCAGUGAGGAAAGAAAUAAAUAAGUGAUUCUGA